UAAUACAAAAUGGUUGCCAGUUUUUUCGUGCGCGGAGAAAAAAUUUAGCUCUUUUGGGAAAGAUAAUUUGGCAAAUUUUGUGUUUAAAUAUUAUAAAUUAUUUAUAAAAAACAAUAACUAGACAAGUGCCAAGUGUUGGAAAUUAUAAAACAUACACGAAUGACAAGACGUAACAGCUAAUAACAAGGCAAUAAGUCAGUGAAAUACGGUAUAGAUUACUUGCAAGCACGAAGGAAGAAAAAUCUUACACAAAAGUCAUUAAAUAAAAAAAGAAUGAGAGUAUAGAAGCAGAAAAAAGCAAGGAAAAUAUAUAUGCAAAAAAAGUGAGUGAUGAAGUGAAAAUCAAGCAAUAUAAAAUACAACAAAAUGUACAAAAAGAAGUGAAGUGUGUUCGUGUGUGGGUAAAGUGCGAUUGCAAAACUAAAUGUUAAUAGAUUUUUCGUUUUUUUUGGCAAAUACAAAAUGGUUUGGUGAAGUGGAGUCGGUGGCAAAACAAAUUAAGGGAUUCGGUUUUCCUCCUUUCAUUGUUUGUUGGUUAAUAUGCUUUAAUUAAAAACAAAAAAGAGGAAUAACAAAGAAAGAAGCUUGGUUAUAAAUUCUUAAAGAACGCGAAACGAUAAUAAAACUUUGCCAACCGACAACAGCAACAAAAACAAAGGGAGGUGGCAAAAAUGGAGUCGCGAUAAUUAUGGAUUACAGUGAAUAUAAAAAUAGGUUUAAUUUCCAGGAUUUGUGUACGCAAUUAAUGGAAUUUCAACAAUUACCACCUACAACAACGUAUCCCCCUCCUCCACAUCAAAUCGGCUGAUGUCGUCAUCUCAACAUCCAACUAGAAAGACACACAACCCCCCCAAAAUCUUUAAUGGGCAAUGUUAAAUAAUUGACCGGAUUCGUUUGACUGUCAGCCAGUAGAGGAGCGUUUUAUCAUCACUGGCGCAGUGUUAUCGCCAUCUCCAUACUAUCGUCAUCCACAUCAUCAUAAACGACACAGUAUCAUCAUUACAAUUACUCGACACAUUUUUCCUCUUUUCCGGAAUUGAUUUUCUUUAAUCGCCAAACUUAAUCGUCAACAGUCUAGAGCAGCUGCUUGCUGCUGCUGACAACUUUUUAAAAACGAAAACAAACCAUUGGAUUUACCAGUUGACUUCCAAUUCCAUUGCCUUCGUUUGGUGGUGGGGUAUCCUUUGGCGUUAUUGUGGGUGUUUACGACGACGACGACAGCACGACGAGUGAACGACCCUCGUCCGACAGAUUCGUCGUGUUUCCUUCUCGUACACCAAAAGAAAAAAAUUGUUUGCCGGAACAUAAAGGAGGUCCAUUAAAUAAGCAUCAGUAUCAACGUUUCGCAACGCUUUGUAUUUCCUUUUUUGACUCUUUGUUAUAUGAAAAUAUUCAUUGAUUGCAUUGAUUUUUAUUUCAUUACAACGGGGGCAAUAAAAAGGCUUAACACUGGACCGUAAAAGUGUUUUUGAAGGGUAAUGGCGGCCUCCACUCAAGGAGAAAUUCGAGUGGGUCCCGGCCACCAGGUAAACGAUGUCUAUGCAAAACUGCCGGAUUAUAAUCCAAUUUCAAGCUUCCCCGUUGAUAAGGAAAACGACGAAAGAGAAUUAGAAAUACCAAGAUGGAGUCCCGGUGCUAUGGCAGAUGGAGAUCUUUUAAUGUUCUUGCGUGCAGCUCGUUCAAUGGCUGCAUUUCAAGGUAAAUAUCCACCGGAAGAAAUACUAAAAAGAAUGUGUGAUGGUGGUCUCGAAGAAGGUAUUGUAGCAGCAACACGUGACGACACAACAAUUAAUGCACAUGAUGUUUUACACGACAAUGGUUAUGAUCCCGGUAAAGCAUUGCAAGCACUAGUAAAAGCCCCCCUAACAAAGAGCAUCGAAAAGAAAUGGUGCGAAGACGAAAUUAAGAAAUUCAUUAAAGGUCUGAGACAAUUUGGAAAGAAUUUUUUUAGAAUCCAAAAGGAUUUAUUGCCACACAAAGAGACACCGGAAUUAGUUGAGUUCUACUAUUUGUGGAAGAAGACACCCAGCGCCAACAGUAAUCGCCCGCAUCGUAGACGCCGCCAGAGUGCUUUGCGUCGCAAUCGUGUUACACGGGCCAGCAAUACGCCUCCGAAAAAGGAGGACACACCCGAACCGCAAUCUGCUGCAUCUGCCUCGACAACGACGACAACGACGGCGACGACGACGGCGUCGACGGCGGCCGCAGACAAAGGUCGCGCUUCGCCAGUUGUCACCAAGGAAGAGACCAGUUCUCUGACCGAGGACGACGUAAGCGAGUGCGACAGCGAUUCAAGUUUGACCCAUAAAAGGGAUGAAUCACCGUCCAGAAUGAGGACGAGAAACAAACCACAAACGACGACGGGAGGAGCGGGCAAGUGUGACCAGACACAGGUCACCCAGCCACAGCCGACAGCAAAUGGCAAACGGCCCAAACGUGGCUCCGAGACGCCUGACAAUGUUGCGGCCUCGGCCACUGCGGGGGCUGCUGGUGCGGGAGGAGUGGUGGACAAUCCCAAAACACCCACAAAACCACCAGCAUCGGAGGGUGGAGGUGCGGCGAAUAAACGUAAAACCGGCCGCCAAGAGACACCGAACAAAAAGAAACGAAACGACACAGAGGGCUCUGUCACCGGCAGCAGCUCAACCAUUGACAAUCAGGACGAGUCAACGGAUAACAGUGCCCCCGUACCCACAGUCGCAAUAUCAAUAUCCAAGGAUAAACGCAAACGUGCCGAGAGCCCGGUCGAAAGCACUAACUCAGACAGUCGUUCCGAUUCGGCCAUGGACGAUGGCGAGUCCACCAACACCGAUACCAACGAACAGCAAUCAAACAAAGACAGCAAAGAGAGCACCACUUCCAGCAAGGAAGAGAGCAGUAGUGGCAAUAGCGAACUUGAUUCGGCCAAGAGCGAUAAGAAUGUGAUUCAGAAAGCAGACACCAAGCAAUUAAUACCCGAAACCGACAUUAAAGAUAAAAUCAAAAAUGUCGACGAGGAGACGAAUAUUCAGGCACCAUCAUCAAUGCCCAACGCUGCCAUGGUUUCGGUUACCACCGACAGCAACAGUCUCAAAGACAUAAAACCACCCAAAGAAGAUCCUUUAGCUAUAUCACCCUCGAAGACGACGACGACGACGACACCACUACAGGCAACUGGAGUUGCUGUUGCUGUCAGCGGCAAUCCAUCAGCACAAUCGCCAGUUGCUCUGCCACCGCUUAAGGUGCCAACGGUCGAGGCACUCAAUGCAUCUGUCGAUCGUAAAAUGGAAGUUGGUAAAUUGGAAAUGAUGGACACCGAUAUGCCCAAAGACAUGUUGAAGAAACUGGCCAACAUGAAACAGGAAAUUGGAACGCCUCCACAGAGUGCCGUCCAGUCGGCACAACCUCCACAGCCGCCACAAACGAUAAUGCCGGAGGUAAUGUACUUCAAAAAGGAACCAAAGGAUGCCGUUAUGGAUGCCGUCUGCAAUCAGAAUAGCAAUGAGCCUCAAGAUCUCAAAGUUAAGAUUGAGGUAAAAAGUGAGGAUAUAAAACCUCCAGUUAUGGGCCUUCCGCCAACUGGCCACCCAGGUGGUCCCCAUGCACCAAUGUCUCUUACAACCAAGAGAGGAGGAGAUGGAUCGGAUGGCGGCGGCGGCGGCCCACCACAGCUGCCACCGCCAAGUCAUUUACAACACUCUCUUGUUGGAGGGCCACCACCAGGAUAUAUUGUUGAGGGUGGCCAUCUUAAGUUUGCACCUCCACCAACGCAAGCAAAUCAACCGCCACCACCAUUACCACCCUCAUCUAUGGCCAAUGACAACAACAAUGGACCGCCACCGCCCAACAACAGCAAUAGUGGUCCUCCUCCACCAACAUCUGGUCCCCCCUUACAUCCUCCGCCUCAACAGAAAUAUCCUGGUGAAUUGGAACACAAAUUCCCAGAUGGUAUAAAAUACGAACCAGGAAAGUUUGUUCCACAGGAUUUGAAAUAUCCACCACCACAAUCGAUGGAAUCUCUUAAAUACAGCCAGGAAAUGCAUGCCGCAACAGCAGCUGGUAAAUUUGAUAUGAAAUUCAUGAUUGAUCCACACACAGGUAAAUUUCCGGGAGAUCUUUCGUCGCCUCAUGGACCUCCGUCAUCGGGUAAGCCUUAUGGAGGUGGGGGUGAGGCUCCAUCAAAGAUACAAGAUCUAAAGGGAGGUUAUCCUCCUCCCAAUCUGGGACCGCCUCCAGUAAGCAGCGCCGCAACUCCUACCAGUGAUAAUCCUCCCCAACAUAAAUUCAUUGGCGGUCCCCAGGAGCCGCCACCUCCACCAACACAUGGCCAACCACCCGGCGCAACACCUCCACCCGGCAUUGCCAUGCCCAAGCCUCAUUAUGAGCAUCAAGUGCAACAUCCGAUGGCCCGGCCCCCCUUCGAAACAGCUGCAGGCCUAAUGAUGAAAUAUGGCGAUCCGAUGGUGGGAAAAUAUGGUCCACAAGAUCUGAAAUAUCCACCGCUGCAAGGACCGCCCACGGACAUGAGUACCGGUGGAGGUUUGAAACCAUCCCCAUAUGGCGAGAAUUUAAUCAAACCCGUGCCGUAUGGCAGCGGUGGACCACAUGAGGUGGGCCUAAAAUACCCACCUUCGGAAAGUCCCAUUGAUGCUUCAGCUCGUUCCACUCCCGGACAAGAUAGCCAAAGCAGUAAUAGUAGUUCCCUGCCUUCAACACAACAGCAAUUCCAGUCACCCCAUCCCUCACCACAUAUGCCAUCGCCAGCUGGCGGCGGUCUACCGCCAGGUAUGCAUCCACAGAAUUUGAUUUCUCCUCACGGCGGACCCUUGUCCAUGCCACCAUCGUCGCAUCAAAGCCAGGUACCACCUGGUUCAGGUCCUCCACAAGGCUCCACACCAGGCGGUGGUCCCGGGUCCCAGUCUCAAGGAAUAAUACACCAUCCCACGCCGACAUCAUCGAGCGGAGGCAGCGGACCCCAAGGUUUACACCAUCCCAGUUAUCUGGCAUCCUCUUCUGCACCACCUACAUCGGUUAGUGGUUCUGGACCUCCGCACAGUAUUUCCUCAAUGGCUCCGUCAGGAAUGCAUCCUCAACAUUUGCCUCCUGGCCAUUUGCCGCAAUUGCAUAGACCGCAUGCCGAGCUGCCACCUGGAGCCGGCGGACCAAUGCAUCCGCAUGCCCCUAUUCCGCUGUCAUUGCAAAAUCACGAUCCACGUAAUGGUCCACCCCUCUCACUAUCCGGUCAUGGUUUGGGACCACAUGGUCAGCAAUCUCAGCAGUCUCAACUUUCCUCGGGUACCGUGCGAACUCCAUCACCAGCUCAGCCACAACCACAGCGCCUUGGCUUGCACGAAGACAGGUCCAGCGGUGGUGCCGGUCCUCAAUCCUCACAAUUACGUGAUCCACCGACUUCACAGCCAUCGUCAUCAAUUGGACCACCACCGCAGCAGUCACCACAUACCCAUCGUACAUCUCCAUUGCCGGGUUUGGCCAGCAAUGUUCCUCCUGGUCUCAUUGGGCAUCCCAUGCCCAUUCAUCCCCAUUUGGCUCACUUGCCACCUGGUCAUCCGGCGCAUGCUGCACAUCACAUGCUUCCACAUUCUCUUGCCGGUUUGGGACCUGGAGCAGGUCCUUUGGCAUUGUUGGCUGGACCACCAUCACUGAAUAGUUUGCCUGAAUCAGGCCUUAGUCGGAGAACGCCACCAGCGUCACACAUGCAAUCGGCGCAACCACCACCAGUCUCUUCAGCCAGUGGACCAAUGCCCACACAUGGCUCCAAUCCUCCUCCAGUUUCUGCAGCUACCUCUAUGUCGACAACCAGCACUGUUCCAUCGUCCGCAUUUAGUCGAGCCAGUCCCAGUGUUUCCAACAACUCGGCUGCUGGCGGUCCGGGUGGAUCACUUGGGGGACCACCACAUCCCGGUGGUGGUAGUAGUAAUUCGGGAACUCCCAGUGGCUUGAAUACAUCGGCAGGAGGAGCUCAUCGUUCCUCGUCGCCGGCAUCAAGUGUGGGCAGUCUUAGUCGGCAAAGUCCCUUGCAUCCGGUGCCACAAUCCCCGCUUAGCCACCAUCCUUCGUCGUCGGCCCUUUCGGCAGCUGCUGCGGCGGUGGCUGAACGUGAUAGGCACGCCCUGCUGCGCCAGCAAUCGCCGCACAUGACACCGCCACCGGUAUCGAGUGCUUCCGGUCUAAUGGCCAGUCCACUGAGUAAAAUGUACGGACCGCAGUCUGGUCAACGUGGAUUGGGAGCAUCGCCUCCACCCCAUUUGCGACCGGGUGCAUCUCCGCCUGUGAUACGCCAUCCUCAAAUGCCACUGCCGUUGCCGCUUUUACCUGCUGGGGCUGGAAUGCCACCAAUCGGGGUACAUCCGGGACAAUCUCCAUAUCCACAUCCGCUACUGCACCCCUCCAUGUUCUAUUCACCGCAUCAUCAUAGUCCGUUUAAUUCGCCCUAUGGUUAUGGUCCGUAUGGACCCGGUUUCCCUGCGUACAUCAAACCACCGGGUCCGGGUGGAUCUUUAGAACAGGCAGUGAUGGCUGCGGCACAUCAUCCCGGUUUGCAAGGUCCACCACCGACACGGCCGGAUGAUCCUGCACUGGCGGCUGCUGUUGAAAAACAAAAACAGCAACAAAUGCAGCAACAGCAAGCUCAGCAGCAGCAGCAACAACAACAGCAACAUUUGCAACAUCAACAACAGCAACAACAUCUGCAGCAUCAACAGCAGCAGCAACAACAACAGCAGCAGCAACAGCAGCAGCAGCAGCAACAACAACAGCAGCAACAACAGCAGCAGCAACAUCAACAACAGCAACACCAACAGCAGCAGCAACAACAAAAUAAACCGCCAACACCAAAGACACCACAGAGCAACAAUAAUGGUAAUGGUGGGCCAUCGGGACCACCAGGUCAACAAACAACGCCUACCGGUCUACCACCAGCUGGAUAUCCAGGCUCUCAUAUUCCUGGCUAUCCACCACCGCCGCAUGUUUCGCCGUUCCAGGAAGUGGGCAAACCACCACACAUGAUGCAGCCCACAUCGCAUAUGGAUGCUUUGCGAGCACACGCUCAUUCGGCCAGCUCUGGUUUGGUAGGACCUCCUCAGCCCCAUCAUCAUCCCACAGAGCCACUGCCCAUUGAAAUUGAGCCGGAUCCGGAACCGGAAAUACCUAGUCCAACACACAAUAUACCGCGUGGUCCUAGUCCUGAAGCCAAGCCCGACGAUACCGAAUGCCAUCGAUCCCAAUCAGCUAUUUUCGUACGCCAUAUUGAUCGCGGUGAUUACAAUUCAUGUACCAGAACAGAUUUGAUAUUCAAACCAGUUGCCGAUUCUAAAUUGGCUCGAAAACGUGAAGAUCGUGAUCGUAAAUUAGCUGAGAAGGAGCGUGAAAGACGACAGCAACAACAAAUGCAGCAGCAACAACAACAGCAACAAGCUGUUGCUGCUCAACAGGCGGCACAACAAGCUAAACUUAAAGCGGAACUUAAACCUCCAUACAGUGACACCCCAGCCCUGCGACAAUUAUCCGAAUAUGCCAGACCACACGUUGGCUUCAGUCCUGUUGAACAGAUGGUACCCUAUCAUCAUCCAAUGGGACCCAUGUACAGUAGAGAAAGAGAACUGGAAGAGCUUAAAAACGCACAAGCUGCUGCAGCUGCUGGCCAAUCACGUUUAGAUCCACAUUGGAUGGAAUAUUAUAGACGUGGUAUACAUCCCUCACAGUUUCCCCUAUAUCCAAAUCCGGCAGCCAUAUCACAAAUUGAAAGAGAACGUUUGGGUAUACCACCACAUCAUGUUGGCCUCGAUCCCAGUGAACAUAUGAUACGAUUGACGAGAGAAUAUCAUGCACAUGCGCAUUCUCAUACUCAUUUACAUUUGCCUUUGCCCCCACAGCCGCAACCACCAGAGGCCGGAUUUCAACUACCACCGAAUGUUGGUCAAUUUCCACGUCCAAAUAUGCUUAUGCCUAGGGAGCCGCACUCAGAUGUAUUGCUGCGAAUGUCUUAUGCUGAUCAACUUCAGUAUUUACAGGCCGCUGAAUUCCAGCGUCAGUCAUUGCAUGAUCAAUAUUUCCGACAAAGGCCCCGGUAAAUGGACUCUUCCAAAGCAACUUUAUUGCAUACACAAAGUAUUGAAAGUCGUCGUUCGUUCGUUUCUCAACAAUGUAAAAAUAGAAAGAAAUAUCCAGUCGAUCCAUCAAUCAGUCAAUCAAUCCAUCAGUUAAUGCCUUACAUCUCCCGCCAUUGAUCACACAAAACGCCAUCGCUUACGUCUGUUGCUAAACUGUUUGUUUAUUUUCUAUAUUCUAUGUGUUUAUCCAUUCCUUUCCUCGCGAUCAUAUCAUUUUUUUUUGUGUGAUCCAAAAAAUCACUCAACAAAUUUGUUAUUUGUUUGUUUUUUUGUUUUUAAUGAUACGAAAGUGUAUAACAAUAAUUAUUUGUAAAGAAAAGGAUAGCAAGCAACAAAAUCAUUGUGUAUAGAACUAAAUUUCGUCAUCGUCCAAACAUCAUCAUCAUCAUCAUAUCUCCAAAGUGUCUAAUUUGUUUUAAAGUGCACAACACCACAACCCACGCAUCUAUACAAAAAACAUCGUUAUCACAUCGUCAUCUGUUGUCCCCAGCACAAAAUGAGUAUAAAAUCAUCAUUAUUUUUAAUCACUGCAUCAUCGCAUAUAAAAUAUUAUUUCGAAAUAAAUCAAUUGCGUUGAAUCAUUAUCUGCUAAGCAAUAUGAUGUAUUAUGGUGGCUACAUACCAUAUGGAGGAUAUCAUCAUCAUUAGCAACAUCAGAAGCGACAUAUCCUCCUGGUUGGCAUUGGUGGUGAAAGCGAGCGAACAACAUUAACUGAUAAAGAAGAUACAAAUCCACAACCCCACAACAAUACAUAGACUACUUCAACACAUCAAUGUCCAUUUGUUUUAGACUAUUUUUUUUUUGUUUUUUAUUAUUUUUAUGUUUUUCACAUUUUUUUUUUUUUUGUUUUUAAAAAAGAAACAUAUUUAAGUAAAGAAUACUGAUGAAAACAAAAAAGAAGAAUGUAAAACACUUUUGAUAGACAAUACUCGGAUUUACCGAGUGCCACUAAAAAUACAAAAUAUAAACAAAAGAAAAAAAGAAAACGAAAAGUUGAUAUGACUAAGAUGAAGAUACUAUUACUUGGCUGGCACUUGUCUUUAUUUUUUUUUUAAUUAAUUCCUUGUUUUAUAAAAAAGAAGCACACACACAAAUAUAUAUACACAUAAAUGUAAGAAUUAUAUAAAUACCAUGACUCAUACAAUACAGUUAAUUCAAAAAAGAAACAAAUACUUAUUCUAAUUCUCUCCAAAAAGAGCUAAUGUAUUAAAGGACAUCAUAUGUAUUAAUUUAACAUAAAAACAGAAACAAAAAGAAAAAACAGAAAAAGGUAACCAUAUUAUAAACAUAAUUAAUUACUUAAUACAAUCUAGGAUAAUAAAAACUAAUAAUUAUAAAUCUACACAAAAACAAAAUGCUAAUAAACACACACAAUAGCAUAAGUAAAUAAAUGUUCAUUUUAAAAAUAAGUAAAGUAAAGUAAAAAUAAGUAAAGUAAAAAUAAGGAAAUAAAAACAACAACAAACUAAAUUUGUGUUAAGUUUUGUAGCUUAAGUAUGUAAUAAUGACAUAAUAGGCAUUUGUCGAUAAUUAAAAAAGGAAACUGUUCAUCAAACAAAAAAUAUUAGUUUAUAUAUAUAUUUUCUUUUCAUAAAAUAAACUUAAAUACAAAUAUAAGCGCUUCACCACAUCAUAUAUAUAUAUAUUUUUAAUUAAUCUCCUCCUCCUCUCCUGUUGUAUAAAGAACAUUAUCAUGAUAGUAAUGCUAUGUAUAAGCUAUCAUUUAAUCAUAAAACAUAUUUAGUCAUACAAAUGUAAUUAAUAUAAUAACAAUCAUCCCCCUCCGUGCAUAGUUUAUUUUAUGGAACAUUAUAAAACGUUAGACACCCCACCUUAUUUACAAGUUCUUCAAAUAUAUGUAUGUAAAAAAAAUCACAUAAAAACAAAAAAAUUGAAACACAAACAAAGUAGUUUCUAUAUAUAUAUUUAUAUAUAAUGCAAUAAUUUUCUUAGAUGUAGAAUAUUUUAUUUUAUUAUUUAGCAGGAAUAAUGGAAGGAAGCUACACAGUGCUCGCAGUUUUUUUAUUCGAAGUAACAAAAGAACAAUUUUUUUAGAGAAAUUAUUACCAAAAAAAAUGCAACCAGUUAUAGUUGAUUCGAACUAUUUUGUAAUCAUCCUAUGUGAGCGAAAGCAGUAGGCUUUAGAUUUUGUUAAUAGGUCCUUCUCAUGCAAGUUUUUUUGAAAGUAUUGGAAAAUAAAGGAGUAGGAAGAUUGUUCACACAUGUAUAAACUUUCCCAGUUGGGUAGAUUAUAGCUUGCAAAUAAUAUUUCAAACAUUCCUUACAGGAAAAUUGUGUUUGACUAGUCUAUAAUUAAUUUGGACUUGUAUAAUGAUGGUGGUCCGCUGAAAUUCUAUUUCAAACAUUUCACAAAAUUCUAAGUAUAUGCAAUUUUGAAACAUUUUUCCUUGCAUAAUACUACCAGACGAGUUUCGGCAAUGAUGUAGAUUCAGACGUUUGUCCAUAACAGUGAACCAAGACAAGCACUAGUGGCAAUUGACUUAAUUGCCAUAACUUGGCAUAUUGGGCACAUUUCGUGUUCGUGGAUCAAAAAAUUAGGUAAAACAUAUGUGUCGUUCUGGGUAGUUAUUAUAUGGUUAUAAAUAAUGUGAUCACUUGUACGUCACAUUAUUUAUAACGAUUCGUGAGUUAUAUCUAAAUUAUCGAUUUUUUUUUGACCCGAUUUGUUUUUAAAUCUCUUAAAAAUAGACACAUUAUAUGAGUCCGUAAAAUAUAUUAUAGCUUACACUCUAGCCUUUCCAAAAUGCUACUACAUCUGAUAUUACCUCGCCUGCAUCCCGAGAUAUGGGUCUUUGAACCCAGACAACCCGAUUCUGUUGAGUAAUUCUUGAUUUGAUGCUGAUUUAGGUAACUGAAGUUUGGCGCUAAAUUUUGUGUGGGGUUAGUGUUUAGAAUAGAGCAGAAGUCUACCGAUUUAUAUAAUUAAUGGAUAACAACUAGAAGGUGAAAUGUACGUAUAUUUUUAUAUAUAUUUCUUUUCAAGCGCGAAUAUUUUUGAUGUUGAAAUUAAAGCUGAUUUCGCUGAGUAAAAUUUUGAAUGUCCACGAUAGAGAGCGUAAAUAUAGAGCAACAUUUGCAUGGUCUCGUGGUUUCGGCCAAAUGCCAAGAAACUCCUUCGCCGGGAAUGGGCCAAAAUACCGGAGAGCAACAUUCGGGCAGCGUGUAAAGGUUUCAUUGGCCGUUAGAAGGCCAUAAUUCGUGCCAAAGGUGACCAAUUCUAACAAAUCUAAACUUGUUCUAAAAUCUGAUGCUAUUUCCGACAUUUUUUGCUUUCAUUCAAUAAAAUUAAAAAACCUUGCGACAUGAGCUUUAUCUUAGCCCCACGAAAAUAAUUGUUUAAAGGUAGUCUAGGAGUCGUACUCAUUGAGCCAAAAUUAAGCUUCCUCGCUGAAGACAACUUUUCUCUUUGAACUUUCUUAAUAGAAGCCCCUUUUAAAUUCAAUUGUUCGCAAUCGUUGUUGGUUGUAAGAUGCUUCAUGUUUCAAUUAUAGACUGUGCGUGAGCUAAAUCAGUUUUGCAAAAAUGCUAAUAGCUCAAAAAUCACUCUUUAUUUCAGCUAGCCUUGAAAUAAUUAUUAAAAAAUCUAAAGUUAUAACCUAAAACUUGAUGAAAAAGAAUUUUUAGAGAUUAUAGUUCAGGUUGCAGAUAUGGCGUACCGUUCUCUACAAGUUGUAGGUCAGACAUCUUUGGGAAGUAGUUUUAUUGGACGAUGCUGAAAAUUUUGAUUUUGAGACCCAGUAGUCAGUCUUAGAGUUGUUCUGGUUAAUGGCAAGAUAUUGUCAAUUCCUAAAGUCCAGAGAGAAGUCAGAAUGUUGUACUGAAUAAGACAUGUAAAAAUAACUCACAUAAUCAUUUUUAUUUUGCAAAUAUAAAACAUAAAUAACAUGAUGUUGAAAUUAAAGCUGAUUUCGCUGAGUAAAAUUUUGAAUGUCCACGAUAGAGGGCGUAAAUAUAGAGCAACAUUUGCAUGGUCUCGUGCUUUCGCCCAAAUGCCAAGAAACUCCUUUUGCCCCUCUGUGAAAUUUUUUGAAGAAUGAAAUGGAUCAUUAAUAAACAUAAAAUCCAUUAAAUGCACUCAAAACUCCUUCUCACGCAUAAUAGAGCGUGAGAAGGAGUUUUGAGUGCGGAAUUUGUGACCUUUAAUCUGCAACCAACAGUGGAUACUAAUCGAAAAUUAGAAAACGAAUCUUGUAGUUUCGAAAGAUUCUUUAAGUAGUCCUUCAAUUAUAUAUCCCCAAUAUCUUCAGGAAGUCGGUCCUGGUACUUGCGUAGGGAUGUCGAUGCAAUUCAUAUUAUUUUUGUUGAACACAUCAUCCUAAAAAAUCCUACAGAGCGGAAAGUAAUUUCAUGUCAAAUUCGAUCUUUCCUCUGUAGUCAAAUGUGGCUACUAAACGAGAAUUAGAAAACUAAUCUUGUAGUUUCGAAAGAUUCUUUAAGUAGUCCUUCAAUUAUAUAUCUCCAAUAUCUUCAGGAAGUCGGUCCUGGUACUUGCGUAGGGAUGUCGAUGCAAUUCAUAUUAUUUUUGUUGAACACAUCAUCCUAAUAUACCUACAGACCGGAAAGUAAUUUCAUGUCAAAUUCGAUCCACAAAAGUAAAUUAUUAUAGCAAACAUGUGAAAUUGGUAAAAAGAUCGAGAAAUCGAGAAGCUUUUGCAGGUGCUAUAAAUUUGUUAUUACCAAGCUAAAUGUUUGAUGUCAAAUAAAAAACCAUUAAAUCAUAAAAGAAAGUGAUUCCAGACCACAUUAUUUUGUGGAUGUAGGGAAUGGCUACGAUGCAGUAUAUUUCGUAAAUAUAUGGUCGAUUAUCUUUUAAAAGGCAAUCCUUAAAAUUUCGAUAUUGACCAGAAGAUAGUGUAAAUGGGAAAAUGCUCUUGUUCUUUUAGCCGAAUAAAGGCAUUCCUUGACAUUUUUAUAUUGACUUGAGUGCAGAGUAAAACUUUUGUAGUUUGCCUCAAAUUCUCCAGAAGCUAUUGAAACAGGCUGGGAUUCAGGAUAAGGAAUUUGGCUUCGAAGUCUACUCCGAGGAAAAUGGCAAUGUUGUCGGAUGAAUCACUCUGCAAGUUUGCAUUGAACCCAAUAUUGCACAAAAUUUUUUAAAAUGUUAUUGAAUCUUUUUCUGAGAAAAAAAAAAAACUAAAUAAUCAGAUAGGUGAUAAGUAUGUGAAUCAUUUCAUCUGGUAUUGGUAUAAAUCGGUUCAACUCUUGAAUAGAUUUUGAAAAAGAAUUAUCUCUAAAUUAUCAAAGACCACAAAAAUGUAUCCAAUUCCACAAAUCGAAUAUACAGAGAGUAUGUAUCAUUUGGUACAACCAAGAAUUGCCUCAUGGCAUAGGUCUCUUUGGACGAAAUCACUUUCAGGACAUUUGGAGUCGAUCCAGCCGUAUCCGUCCGUCCGGCCGUCCGUCAAUUUGUCUGUCUGGCUGGUGCUCACGAAACUAUUGAAGAACAUUGGUACAUGUUUAUGUUAUUAUCAAACUUAGAGUCGCAUUAAAUGUGACGUGGGCAUCCGAUUCCAGCGAAACUUGACAAAUCCUAAUAUUUCUACUAACAAAAGAUUUUGUGUGAAGAUCGGAAACUCACCUAUAUGUAGACGGUCAAAAUGUUGUAUAAUUAUGACACAUAAUAUACGACCUAUAUCAAUAUUUUUUUAACCAUCGUAUAACUCAAUAAAUUUAUCAAGCACAGAUUUGAUGAGAAAAUGGAAUUUGAGGGCUCCUUCUUCCCCUUUUUAAAUAAAUUAACCCCUAUAUAAAAGUUAGUGGUUUUCUUUAAACACCGUAUACCUCUUUCAACAAUAAAUCUAAUAUAAAUAUGUAAUAUAUAGGUCCAAUCUUUGGAUUAACAAUAAUUCACAUUAAAUUUGGAAUUAGUGUUCGAUUUUUUUCAAAACUUUGCACAUACCAAUAUUCGUAUGAGUAUUAUAUAUCGCUCCACUGUUUUUCAGGUACCUCCAAGUCAAAAAAGUUUAAAAUUUUCCAAAAAAUAUACACAUAUCUCAUAUAAAGUCUCAAUUGAUUUUCGACAUAUCUGCGGCAAAGCUAGAGGUAAAGACCAGCAGAAAAUAAAUCAUAGAAAACUGAAAUGCAAUAAUUUGAAAAUCAAUUAUAAAAAAUGUUAGCUUGAUUGAAUUUCCAAUUAAGUGCUUUGGAAUUGUUUGAGAUUUGGCAUACAGCGGGUACAUUUACAUUGCAAAUCGUUCGAUGCAUACUGAAUCGUCCGAAAACUCUGAAUAUAUAGUCAACCAUUUUAUGUAACAGAUUUCAAUCGUGUCGUCAUUAUUAGGAGUUUCAGCAAAAAUACUUGAUACAAUUUAAAAUAUAACCUCAUUAUGAAAUCGAAAAAAAAAACUUAUUAUGACAUCGGCAAAUUAAUUCAGCUUCAGAAUAAUAAAUAAAUUUGCCUGCGAGGGCGUCGACUGAGGAAAUUAUUCUUUCGAUCUAUAUUUUUUUUUGGCGUACUGCAAGCCAUGUAAAAUUUUUCUUCCAAAAAGACACACGAAGAACCUAUGAGGACAAGAAGUAUAAUUUGUAUUCUUACUGUAAAGCACUGUGUUAUCUAAAAAAAUUGCAAAUUGUAAAUUAAUCGAUGUAAACAGAAAAUUACCUAUUUUGUAGAUUUCAUUGCAAAUAAAAACAAAUACACAGCUAUUUGUUUUCCAACAAAUUGUAUAGUGCUUUUUUAGGUAUACAUAAAAAGAAAAUAACAAA